AUGUCGGUCAUACUUGAAACAACUAUUGGAGAUUUAGUUAUUGAUCUUUUUACCGAGGAAAGACCAAGAGGUAACCUAGAAAUUUAUUUUUUGUCGUCCUUUGACAAAGUCACCUGAGAUUUAAAAUUGCUAAUUUUUGAGUACUUGUCUUUUUUAGCGUGCCUGAAUUUCUUAAAGUUAUGUAAAGUGAAAUUCUAUAACUACAGCCUUUUCCAUUUUAUUCAGGUAAACUAUUCUCCUCUCAAUAAACACUAGUUCAAGUUUUUAUCUCAUUAGAAUGUGUUUAUAGUCCAGCGCAGCUGCGCAGGUAGAACUCUAUAAAUAGGCAAUUCCCAUUAUAGACUAAUUUUAAAAUUAGGUAAGGAAACUCAAAUAAAUCACCACAGCUAGAAAGAGCAUACUAAAAUUAGUAAAAUUACAAAUUUUGGUUGUAAAAUGAGGAAAAUAUAGCCUUGCAAAGUUCGCAAAUUUUGUAUACUUUUCGCACGCAAUACAAAAGUAUACAAAUAUAUCGCACGCAAUACAAAAGUAUACAAAAUUUGUAAACUUUGCAAGGCUAUAUUUUCCACAUUUUACAACAUUUCACAACCAAAUUUUGUAAUUUUACUAAUUUUAGUAUGCUAUUUCUAGCGUUGGUGAUUUAUUUGCAUCUCCUUGCCUAGUUUUAAAAUUAGUCUAUAAUGGGAAUUGUCUAUUGAGAUGUGAAAUCUUUUCUUCUUGCAGAGAAACUUUCUAGCUCAAACCGGGGAUCCAACUGGGUCAGGUCGUGGAGGAGAGUCCAUAUUUCGAUCACUUUAUGGAGACCAAGCCAAAUUCUUUGAUGCUGAAACUAAACCUCGAAUCAAACACAUUAAGAAAGGAACUGUGUCGAUGGUGAAUAAUGGUGAUGAUAUGCAUGGAUCUCAGGUAUGGAUUAUUUACUCUGGUCUGUGCCAGUGUAGGUAGUGAUAUAAACAAAACUUUGGUUGAUCCCUAGGGAUGCAACUACCUGAAAAAUACAAGGAGAACUUUGAAUGAACGCUUGUCAGGAAGUUAGUGAAGAGCUGACAAAGGGCCUUUGCUCGAAAUGUGGAUGUUAUCCUGGUAUUUUUCUGGUAGUUGCAUCCCUAUCAUCCCUAUUUAUAGAUUGCUUAGUCGAUUGAACAAUAGAAAAAGCAAUUGUAGACACUUUUUAAACCUUUUGUAGUUUGAUAUUUGUUAUGUUACGCUGAAUGUAAAUCCGCACCGGGCAAGCUUGAAAAAUAUGCCUGGCCAUGUACGGUGGGAAUCGAACCUACGACCUUUAGAAUACUAGCCCAAUGCUCUGCCAUUCCAAGGCGUAAAAAAAAAAAUACCUGUGGUUCCGGUUCCCGACCGACGCUAUUUUUUUCUGCCGACCCUAUUAUUUUUUCAACGUGAAUGACCGUGCGACCCUAUUUUCCAGGUGGUUGCGGGCUGCUCAUACAGCGUGCCAAAAUAGCGUCUGUUGUCACACUAAUUAUUGAACCAAAUUGCCUAAAUUCGUCCAUAGGAAAUACGCAUCUCUAGUUAAUAUUGAUGUUGGGACUCUACCACAAAUCUCCCAGCAAAAAACCGCCAAAACCAUGAAAAAAAUAUUCAAAAAAAAAAUUUAUUUCCGACCUACCGACCCUAAUUUUUUCACGAUAUGAAACCGGAACCACAAGUAUUUUUUUUUACGCCCAACUCUUUUAGUUAUUACUAUAAUAUGCUCUACUUUAUUACUUUACUCUUUACCAGAUGAUUAUACUUGUCUUCAUGCAAUAUAUAGCUUAACCUUUUACUCUACCAGUGCUUUGAUGGUUGAAAGAUUAUUGUUAUAUUUACAGCUUUGUUACACAACCCUAAAAUACUAACUAUUCAGUGUUUGUUGUGUUUAGUUCUUUGUUACUCUUGGUGAAAACCUGGAUUAUUUGGAUGGUAAACAUACUGUGUUUGGUGAGGUUGCCGAGGGAUAUGAUAUCUUGGACAAAUUAAAUGAGACCAUUUGUGAUGAUAAGCAUCGUCCAUACCAAGAUGUCAGGUAUAGGAUUGUUUCUUCAGUGAAGGAGUUGGGACACUAAAGGAGUGAGGGCAUUCCUAAUUUACAUUAAAGAAAAGGUCAAGUCUGUUUUGUGCAUGUGCUAUGUGAGGAUCCUCUGAUGUAAACAAUACCCAAAUAUUACCAUUGUUUCAAAAUCUUCUAAAUUAAGAAUCUAUAUUCUAAUUAAUUUAAAAGCAUAUAGCAAACCAGAACAAUGUUAGAUACAGUAUUAACUAAAUCCAUGGUGUUUUAUGAAUAUAGUGUCUUCAAAAUGUAAACAAUCUGCAGAACGGACUUCUCAUCAUCUUUAAAGGACAGGAAUAUAUUGCUAACCAAACUGGCACCAGAAUAUUUCUGAAUGUGGCCUCCAUAAUUUGUCGUGCUCUAACUUUCUGCUUUAGUGGACGGGUUGUGCAUGCUUCCGGCGUCCUUAAAAUAAGUCCUUUGUAUUGUACUACACUGAUCAGUCAAACUUUAUUAGCUAUAGUUUUUAUUUUUUCAUUUGAUAAAGGAUCACUCACACAGUAAUACUGGAUGACCCUUUUGAUGAUCCCGCUGGACUUCAAGUACCAGAUAGAUCUCCUGAACCAACCAAAGAACAACUGGAUGUAAGAUUUGUGUGCUUUGAAACUAUAUUAUUGGUUGUUUAUUAAACCAAAGUGCCCCAAUGUGCCCUACAUUACUAUUUUCCUCUGUAAUGUCACACAAUUUUACUUUCCAAGAGGAGAGCACUGGUGCUCAAUGGAUUAAUAAAGUUCAGGGCUUGAAAUAACGUUCCCAAAGUUCCCAACCAUGGUGAUCGGCAGUCAUGACUUUCCCUGCUUUUUCAGGUUGGAGACCCUGCUUUUCUGGCGAUUUCUUGCCGAUCAUUGAUCGGUGAUCAGCUGUUAUUUCAAGCCCUGAAAGUUAGUUUAGUGUUAGUUUGACGUAUUGUUUACAUGAAAUGAAAUGUUGUUGUUUAGAGUGGUCGUAUUGGUGCAGAUGAAGAGAUUGAUGACACAAAAGGCAAAACUCUGGAUGAAGUUGAAGAAAUUAUUGAAGAGAAAGAGUUUAAAGCUGGUGCACAGAUACUGGAAAUGGUAUGAGAAAUACUCGUAUUAUACAGUUUUAACUUUCAUGCACUUUCUCAAUACCCCCAGGAUGCAAUAAUUUGAGAUAUUUAGUAUGUUUAGUCUCUCACACAUCGCUUUCACACACUCAGGUAGAAAAAAUAGACGAGCACUGCUCGCAGCAAAUGUUAAAGUUUGAAUGAAGAUUUGCUAUUGAAAAUUUGAAGGAAAUCUUAACACCCAUGUCCCAGUAUGGGCGCAACAACAUAUGGUUGACAGACAUUAUUCCUUGAAUUUAAAACCAUGGUCUGAUGGUCAGCUAGAACACUAUAUGUUUAUGCACAUGCAGAUUUAGCACAAAAAUACUCUGUUGGUCUGCAGGAAAUUUUUGUCUCCAGGUUGUGCUCCCAGGAAGAAAAUUAUUUUUUCCUGCCCUGCUUUCACACUCCAAUUAUACAAUUUUGUACAAUUGGAAUGUGAAAGCAAUGUGUGAGAAACCAUUUUCUGAUUGUCAUAACUUAGCCAGAUGUUAUACUUCAUCAUGCUUUCUACAUCAAACAUGCUGUAUUUUUAAGGUUGGUGAUAUACCGGAUGCAGAUAUCAAGCCUCCAGAAAAUGUUUUAUUUGUGUGUAAAUUAAAUCCUGUGACGACUGACGAGGAUUUAGAAAUCAUAUUCUCUAGGUUUGGACAAAUUAAAAGGUAAGAAUAUCUGCCAUUUUGUGGAAAUUGUAAUGUUGAGUGAUUGUAGUUGAUCUAGUGCAUGAUAGUUUCAUCCCCUGGGAAACUCUACUAGUUCUUUUGUUGUUUAUAAACUACAGUUGGUUUCACAUGUACUACUUACUACCUGUAUGUAGAACCCUGUGUCUCUCAUGACAUGUGUGGUUCCCAUGGAAACCUAAAGUAAACCUGGUUGAUCCACAGGUGUGGUCAGUAUUGAGAUUAUCUUGACCAUGUAUUGUUCAACCAACAUUCUCUUACCUUAGAUAGAUUGACGCUACCUAGACUACCUUAGAGUACCUAUUAAGUUUGAUAAGGUCAUCUUUAUUCAUCUAUUUUUAGCUGUGAGAUAAUCAAAGAUUCUGUUUCUAAAGAGUCUCUUCAAUAUGCUUUCAUCGAAUAUGAGAAUGUAAGUAAGGUUUAUUGCAAUAGUUCAGAAAUUGCAGGACGUGUGUCAUGCAAUCCUAUAUGUUGAGGCUAUCGUUGUCAAAGUCAGACUGCCGAAGGGUUUGUAGACGGAUAUUUCGAGUGGUUAGUUGCAUCGAAUGAGAUGUCCGAAAUCCUGAUAUUAAUUAAAGUGAGAUACUGUAACUAUAUUUACGUAAAACGAAUUUACUCCUAGGUAGAAGAUUGUGAGAGAGCUUAUUUCAAAAUGGACAAUGUUCUUAUCGAUGAUCGUCGUAUUCAUGUUGAUUUUAGUCAGUCUGUUGCAAAACUGGUUUUUAGCAAGCCUGGUGAGUAUUGAGUACCAUACAGUACUAAUGAUACUACCAUUCCAGUCGGUUGGUUAGUCUAUGGUUAGUCAGAGGAUGUUUUCACUGUUUUGGCUAACAUCCCGCCUUGGUGGCGCAGUUGUCAGAGUAUGUGAGUUCGUGGGUUGGAUUCUCGCUAUGGACUCAUGUGAAAAGAGUCAGUCAACGCUCUGCCGAAAAUCGUGGGUUUUCUCCGGGUGUUCCGGUUUCCUCCCACAGGGAAAGUUGACAGGGUGGGUUAGGAUAAACAUAGUUAGGAAAGCAAUGUCACAAUUGUUGUGAAGAAAAAAUAGUCUAGGCUAAGUAUGUAAUUAAGUAAGCGUAUAACACUUGAUUUAAAGCGCAUUUGAUCAGGAAUUCUUCACACAGGACUCAUGUAAACACGCCCUCAAUCGGUUAGUCAGCCAAGUCAAUCAAUCAGUCAUUUUCUUUCAGGAGCGAAACCUGUAUAUGAACUGAUAAACAAGAAAGAAGAAGCAAAGCCUAAACUGGAAAUCAAGAAUUCCUCAAGGAAUGAAAAAUAUGAUUUAGUAUUCGAAGAUCAUGCUGGACUCAGUGAUGAGGAACAAAAUUCUAAAAAGAAACAUGCCAAGAGAAAGAAAGAUGACAAGGUAUAGAUUAAGUAAUAUAAUCUUGAAGUGUCUGUGUCAGUGUAGGUAUUGCCAAUAAUAUAAACAAACUUUCGUUGAUAGGGAUGCAACUACCCGAAAAAUAUAAGGAGAAUUUCGACGUUUCCAGCGAACGCCCUUCGUCUGGAGUUGGUAGGGAUUCGACGAAAGGCCUCAGGGUUCGAAUUAAUUCUGAAAAAAUGGUUCGUGAAUUAUUUUUUUAUUUUAAGGAAAUUUUAAGGAAUUUUCAAGGAAUUUUCGCUAAUUGGAAGUUAAAAAGUGGAAGCACUGCAAUUUUCAAAUAUAUAAUAUACAUCGCAAACUCGCAAAAAAAUAGAAUUUUGGGUGGAAUUAUAAUCGUUUUUAAGUACAAUCUAACAACAAGAUCUUCAGAAUAUAUGAUCCUUCAUCACAUUUACAAAGAACUGAAUUUAUUAUUGUAUAUUUUUAUCAAUUUGAGAAACUUUUGAUUUGUGAUUUUGAUCAAUUUCUAUGAAAUUGGGUUCGUGAAAAAUGAAAAUUGAUUCGUGAUUCACGAAUCACGAACCGUUAUUUCGAACCCUGGGCCAAAGAUUAGAUACUAUAAAGAUGUGUCACUCUGCGAAAAUCAUGUCCGAGAUUUUUUUAUAGCCGCCAUUUUGCCAGUAAGUGUCAAAUUCGUCAAAUUCGUCAUAUAUCGCGAGCAUCGCGAUGGCAACCUAUUGUAUUCGUCUCGCCGCCAUUUUGGCAGUAAGUGUUAUGCACUCGUCAUCUCGCGUGAUCACUCGUGAUCAACACGGAAAAUUACGGACACGCAAACAUUAGGGAAAUACGUCGAGUGACACAUCUUUAUAGUAUCUAAUCUUUGCCUGGGCCUUUGGAAUUCGAAGAAGGACCUUUGCUCGAUACGUCGAAAUUCUCCUUAUAUUUUUCGGGUAGUUGAAUUCCUACCAACGAAAGCUUGUUCUAGAUAAUGCAGUACAAUGCUGUUGCUCUCACUGCAAGACAUACGUGCAAAAACGGCAAUUCUAACUCCCCCGGUUCAAUGUUGACAGUUUGUAAAUUGGUUAGGUUAAAGCUUUGCGAAAUACAUGUCAAAACCUACACUGCAAGGGGUAGCGGGGGAGAUAAAGACGCCAUCAUAUGUGUAUGUGUCCAGUAAUACUUUAGUUUACACCUAAGUCCUCAGAAUUUUUGCCAUUGUUGUAGAACUUCAGUCAUUCGAUCUAAGUGUAGACGUUGAUCAAUGUUUAUUAUAUAUGGCAUUUUAGAAACGACGUUACUCGUCAAGUGAGGAGGAUAGUUCUGAGUAUCAAAGGUGAGCAAUUAUUUUUCUACUGAUGAGAAAUCCUACGAAUGAUCUCAAUAUAUAUCUGGAGCCAAGAUGGCAUUAUUAACGUCUUACAGCUAUUAUUAUUAUUAUUAUUAUUUAAACGUAUUUACAUGCACGGUGAUCUUUCAGUUCCCUGGUUUUCAAAGAGCCGUGCAACAACUAAACUGAAUGCAAUACUCAUAAUCAAAUACUAUUUACAUUAAUUUACAAUGUAUUGUAUUGUAUUUAAUUAUAUUUAUACACGGUAUCAUAUCAAUUGAUAUCACGGUAACCUAUCAAAAAAUAUCAUUUCCCCCAGCUAAUUCUAGUUUUCUCUAACGGACCGUAUCGCUAUUCAAGUUGUCAGUUCAUAAAACCAUAGUAAUUUUGACUGUAAUAAACUCUAAAAGCUCUUCCUUUUUAUUUAGAAAAUCUACUGUAGACCAUCCUAAACAAAGGCAUAGCAAAGAACACUACAGGGACCGCAGUCCUGGGGAAAAAUAUCACACAACUGAUCGCAAGUCUGGGGACAAAUACCGGAAAUCAGACGAUAGUUACCGGAAGUCAGAUGGCAGUUACCGGAAGUCAGAUGACAGUUACAGGAAGUCAGACGAUAGUUACAGGAAGUCAGACGACAGUUACCGGAAGUCAGAUAAUAGUUACCGGAGGUCAGAUGAUAGUUACCGGAGGUCAGGUGACAGUUACCGGAAGUCUGACGAUUCAUACCGGAAGUCAAGAAGUGAAAAACGGAAGACAUGA